UAAAGAGCUGAUUCUGUGUGAUUUUCGCUGCCGGAAGAGCUAAAUUAAAUCGAGAAGACCAUAGUCCUUCGGUUCUCAACCGUUCUUAACCCUUUCGUGGGUGAUAAAGUCAAAAUUUUGUUAAAAGCGGUCGAUGAAGUGAAAGGGGGAGGAGGGGGGACUUUGACAUUGUAGGUGGUGGAUGAUGGCUGUGUUCAUGGUAAACAUCUGUAAAUUCGAUGGUUGCGGAAUUAUAUUUCAAGGGUUAGGAGAUCUCAUUCAGCACAUAGAAGAAUCCCACAUCGAUGAUGAUCCAGUGGUGAUUGAGAAACAGGAAGAGCAACACCCAGUCAGUCUACCUUUGAGUUAUGUGUUGCGCUUUUUCACCGAUGCAGCCCGCAAAGAAUUUCCAGAUGUUAAACCAAAAAUUAAGUCCAUUGCACAAAAUAAUAGCAGUCAAAACCAAGGACCAAAAACAUCCCAUUCACCCACCAAUAAAACACUUUCUACCACCUUAGUACAAAGAAAUUUUUCACCUGCAGGGAGUGACAUUGAAGAAGAUGAAGCCAUGACAGACUCUGACAGUAAUGAUUCUUGGACUACAUCAGAAGAGUUCAGCUCAGAGUACAUCCUCCGAUAUGGAAGCAGGUGUAUAACUUCAAGUCCAACAAAUCCUAACCAGAUGCCAGAAAAGCCCUUUGCUUGCCCUGUGCCUGGAUGUAAAAAGAGGUACAAGAAUGUAAAUGGCAUCAAGUAUCACUCUAAAAAUGGGCACAAAAAUGACGGAAAGAUUCGAAAAGCAUUUAAAUGUCACUGUGGCAAAAGUUACAAAACAACCCAAGGAUUGAAAAUGCACACAACUACUCAUCAUUCUGGGGCCAACCUUACAACCAUCACAACACAAAUGGGGGAAAUACUGCAAAUUCCAAGCAGAGAGGUUGCAGCUGCAUUGAGUCCGUUGAGAACUGUUACUUUAAAACCGCUUGUAACAACCUCAGGGCUCAAUGUAAGUGCGUUAAGUGGUGCUUUGGGAUUGCCAGUAAAAGCUUUGCAGGGUGUUGUGUUAUCUGCAAAAGCUGCUCAACAUGCUACACAGUUAAAAGGGACUGUAAUUGAUGCAAACAGUUUCAAUCUAGCUGCAGCCCUGGCAGCAAAAAAGGUUUCAGCAACGUCUGUUAGUCAUACUAUAAGUAGAAGCCAACCUGCAUCAUCUACAAAAUCAAGUGGGCUGUUUAUCAAUACCAUCAACAUCACCCAACCAUUCACCAAGGUGACUGCUGUAAGUGAAUCAACUACUUCAGGCAUCCUCACUCCUGCUACAUCUCCCCAAACACCCCCUUUGACACCGGAUAGCCAAACCACAGCAAAACUCAUCAUGUCUCUCCCAUCACAACACAUGGUAACCUUACCUCUCACUCCAGUCAGCCCUGCCACAACCCCUCCUCUAGGCCUCGAGACUAUGGAUGCUUUAGAAAGUGUUGAGGGUAUUGAGUGAUGUGGAAGUGGAAAAAUAACAGGAUUUGAAGCAAGGACAUUCUUCUUAAAAAGUAUUAAUUUGAUGAACAGAAAUAUCUUGUCAAAUGCUUAUGCAAGGCUUUCAGUUCAAGGAGAUGCAGUCUACCUUAUGAGACUUGAAUUUGUUAAAUCUCACCUAUUCACCUGUUUAAUUAUCAAAUGAAAUUUUGUUUUGAGCAUAAGAAGAAACAUACAGAGAAUAAGUUUAAGUAUCAAGCAUCAGUUUAUGAAGGUGGAAACUAAAGUAAGCUGCUUUUGUUCUACAACACAUUAGUUUCAAGCUAGGAGGAGUUUCCAUCUGAUGCAAAUUUUAUGUGCCUUUGAAGAAAAGAAAACUGGAAAAAAAAAAAUUAAUAGGGGAUUGAAAUCCAAGCAAGUUUAUAAGUGUCAUACUAUUAAUAACUAAUGAACACCUUUUGUUUUCUCCCUUCUCUAGAAUUUAACUUCUAGUUUAAUGAAAUUGAUUUGACUGUCAUUAUUUGUUUUAUUGCAGUUGUUUUGUGAUAUAAGUUAAUUGUAUUCAGAUUCAGUGUGUUAUGAAGCUUGUGAGUAGUUCUAGUCAUUGUUGACCUGCACAACAUACAAAUGGCGGAAGACUUUUUCUUCCCAAAAAUGUAUUUAAGUGUUCUUUGAAAUGUUUUUUUUUUUUUUCUCUUUUUGUUGUUGCUUUAGGUACAAUACCACAAGUAUUCAAGUGGUGAGCUAUUACAUUUUUUGAAAGACUAGUGUAUAUGAUAGUUACUUAUUCUUUGUUGAAUAAGAUUUUGGUUUUCAACUGUUACACGUUGAUCAUUGUUAAGUUGCUUUUCCCCCAUCUUUUUUGUUACAUUGGUGUUUAAUGUAUCUGAUCAUAAUUGCUGUCGCACCUGGAAGGUGUUAGUGUGAAGCCUUUUUAGUUCCCUUUACCAUGAACAGUAUACUGGUCAUAAGACAUAUCUGUUUUUGUUAAUUAAGAUAGAACUUUUGACAUGCUUCUGGCCUAUUGCAGACAACCUGGCUUUGUCCUUUCUACAUCUGCAAUUUUUAUUAUUUAAUCACAUUAAAUUUUGGCCCAAAAAUUGUAUAAAUGUUCUUUUAUAUGACCUACGCAAGUAGAAUUAUUGUAUUACUAGUCAUCUUUUCUUCUAUAUUUGAGUGAAGAAUAUAACCUUCUCAAUCUGAUUUGUAGAGACUGAACAAAGAGAUGAAUCCUUGGGAGAUACCAUCCUAGGUAUUGUAUAUGUGUAGAUUUGUUUUUUUUUUUUUUGUUUUUUUUUCUUUUCUCUGAAAAGGAGUUUUUAUUUUUGAACUUGUGAAGUAUUUAAGUUUUUACACACAAAACCACACUUUCAGGACAACUUCUCUGCACUUCAGUAAAGCACCUGUACCUGUAUUGUAAGGCUUCUUCCCUCAGGAGGCUAUGAAGUCGUGUAUUAUGUACUGCUAUUUUGUGAGCUCGUAUACUGAAGCUACUCUUGUAAACUAACUUGUAGAUCUAUUGAGUUUUGUAUCACAUUUUAAUUUUUAAACAUUGUUUCUACAGUGUGCGAUUGGAGACAGGAUAUGUUCUGAAUGUGGUAUCGCAUGAUUUAAUCUGGCAGGAUGUUAGUGAUAUCGGCAUUCAAGUAUAAUUGAAGUACCCCCAUAAAACCAAAAAUGAUUUUAGCAUAGAAAACAUAUAAGUUUUUAAUACAUAGCUUGUUUAAUCAGUCAUCUCCAAAUGCUUUCAACUUCUUGUAUUGGGUGUGCAUGAGAGUUUCAACAAUUCUCAUUUUCUCCUGCUCUGAAAUUGUGGCAACAGCGUAAGAUUUAUUUCUAGCUGAGUUGAAGUUAGAAAUGUGAUCAUCCUUAGCAAGUGCUCUAGUGAAAAAUAAUUUGAAAUGAACAUAGUUUGUGUGCUUUUAUUUGUAAUCUGUGAUAGUUUUACUGUGUGUAUUCACAUAUAAUUAGAAUAUCCAGGUCUUGAGAAGUAUUUCUCUAUAAGUGUUGUAAUGAAUAUGCAAGCAAACUACUACUAUUCAUCUUUAUUGAGUAUAACUCAAAAAAAUCAACAACAACAACAGUGAAUAUUCCUGGCUUCAUAUGCCUUGUCUAUUCCUCUCCCUAAAAAUAGGAAAACUUUGAAUAAUUUACAUUUGAUGUUAUGUGGUUGAAUUUGAAACAUCAUGUUGCUUAUUGAGGAAAUCAGAUUGGAGAAGUCAAACGUUUGGCCAUAAAAUUUUUCCAAUCGGUUGAGUUUUGGUCUUUGUGGAAUUUGUGAUAUGGUAAUGAAUUACAUUUACCUCCAUUUAUUUUAUUUUCCUCGUUUGUUUGAAUCUGCAAAGCAGUUAAUUUGUGUUUUGUUUUUAAUGUUCAAUGUCUUUUUGAUGAGAAAAUUAACUUGCUGCUCAGAAAAGCCAGACAUUCCUAAAUGAAAAGGUUGUCUUCUUAUGACUGAUUGCAGAGUAUUAGCAGCAGUGCAAGAACCACCACCAGAUUUAAUCACCUCAAAUUUAUUGAAAAGAAAACAAUACCGUAAAUUAGAUUGUGAAUGGGAGUUUCCUGACUUAACUGAGCAGCAAUCAGUUGCGCUACAAGUAGCAGAUCCUAAAUGUUUUACAACAGCGCAUGAAACAAGAACUUUGUUACUUUCGCUCAGAGUGAGUUUACCUUGUCCUAAACUUUAUCUCAAUUGUUUCACUUAAUUGAGCUUCUAGCUGGACUCAUUUUUGGCACACUCAAACUGUUUGUAAAAUUUACAGUAAAUUUUCAGUUGAAUUUUAGGAGAACUUAGCAGCACAAACAAAUUUUAUGAAGUGCUGCAAUCCCAGCACAACAUUCUUUUUUCGUUUUGUCAAGAAAUGUUCUGUGCUGUUGACUGAUGAGAUGACUGAAGCACUCUUACAAUGAGUGCCAAACUUUAAAAAUUGGAUUGAACAUUGGUUCGUAUUUUUAGUUUCCUUUGUGUUGAAAUGCUAAUAGCUGUAUGUCCUACUGUGUAAUCACAUCAGCUUUGUAAAGAACAGUGCCACAAAUAAAGUGAGAUGAUAAACAUU